AUGCUGACCUCAUUCUCCAGGAAUGUGCAUAUCGUGUGUGCCCCAGGCUACUCUAAAUUUCGAUUUCUUUCAACUGUUUUGGGAAUAGAAACAAGUUGUGAUGAUACGGGUGCUGCCGUUGUAACUGAUCAGAGAAUGGUACUCGGUGAAGCUCUCGCUUCCCAGACAGCCAUUUCAGUAAAUAAUGGAGGCGUAGUUCCUCCGAUUGCACAAAAAUUGCAUGCUGAAAAUAUCGCAGCGACAGUUUCAACCGCGAUGAGAAAUUCCGGUCUUUCGUUUAAGGACCUAGAUGCUAUCGCUGUAACUGUGAAACCUGGAAUGGCUCUAUCUCUUAAAAUCGGUGUUACUUAUGCAAAGGAACUGGCUACCAAAUACAAAUUGCCAAUUAUUCCCAUUCACCAUAUGGAAGCUCAUGCUUUAACCGCUUUACUAACUGAUAAGAAUUUAACUUUUCCCUUUUUGGCUAUGUUAGUUAGUGGCGGGCACUCACUUUUGGCGCUCACGAAGAGCGUAGAUGAGUUUCUAUUACUCGGGACAUCUUUAGACAUGUCUCCUGGUGACUGCUUAGAUAAGAUUGCCCGUCGGUUGAAAUUAUCGACUUUAAAUGGUGGCGAAUUUAGUCAAAUUCCCGGUGGAAUGGCUAUCGAACUAAUGGCACAAACCAGCACGAGCCCAUCCACAUAUCCUAUUCCUACACCACGAAGCGUUUCGCGAGAUUGUGAUUUCUCCUUCUCUGGUAUUAGAUCAGCAGCUGAGCGAUUGAUUGCUAACUUAGAAAAGGAUAUCCAAUGCAGUCCCCUCCCAACUGAUGUAAUUGCAUCAAUUUGUUCUGCUUGUCAAACAUCAGUGACCAAACUGUUUUGUCGAAGGGUGCAAAGAGCGAUAGAGUACUGUGUACGCAAUUCCCUUCUUCCCUCUUCAGUACAGAUUCCUGAAUCGACUUGGCCGAGACCCAAGAUUCGGGAAGUCACUGACCCUUCAGCGGCAGCACUUGUGCUUUCUGGUGGUGUAGCAAGCAAUCAAUUUGUACGCUCAGGAUUGACUAAAGUGGCCGCAUAUUAUGGCAUGCGUUUCACCGCUCCUCCUCCUCGAUUAUGUACAGAUAAUGGUGUAAUGAUCGCUUGGAACGGCGCCUUGCUUCAUUCUCAAGGUAAAAGAAUUGAGCAUAACCCAUCUUUAAUAGACUUUAGUCCAAGAGCACCACUUGGGAAGAGCCUUCGGGAAGAUGUUGCUGCAGCAAAUAUUAGAAUAAAACCAAUUCAAGCGACUAGAGCUUGA